UGACGAGGAGGCCGAUGCACAAGAUGCACAAGAAAAAGAGAAGCACGGAGACGUCAUAAAGGACUCGGGACAAGCUGAUUUCUUCAUACUUGCGGUCAUUUGUAAUCGGAAAAGCCAAGCCUGGUGGUGAGACUGUGACUUCAGAGAAAGCUCUUUUUCUUUUCGAUCGCACGCUGGUACUGAAGGUACUGGUUUGUUUGAGGUUAGCAGCAGACUGGUCGGUUGUGUUCCUACGUUCUCAACUUCCGACAGUAUUCGACGUGACAGGGGAAAGGGAACCGGCUAGUGAACCACUUUACGGCCAUUUCUCGUGAGGAACAUUUGCAACAUCGUUCAGCUUGGCUUCGCGCUUUCAGGCGCCAGAGAGAAAAAAAAAUAUGAUUGAGCCCGAGUGGGAGUCAGGGACAUAACAAAAGUGCUCGUGCUCACAUAUGCAAGGAACCGGACAACGAAAAACCUGAGGCAGAAGAAAUCUGUGGUUUGUGAGAUUUUUAGAAUGAACACAGAUGGGCCUGAAGCCGUAACGGACACUUGCAUUUUAUUGGGACCAAAAAGAAAAGGAGGCACGUCGUCCACAUCAGUUUGAGGAGCUCACGUGAAACGGAGAAUUUUUUUUAAUUCGUUUUUAUAUCGUUUUCGAAAGAAACGAUAACGGAUCACUCGUCCUUGAGUGUUUCUGAAAACAACUCGAAAAUUGCCGCUACACGGUAGUUUCGAGCACGUACUUCCGUUAUUUUCUUUUUCUUCUUCAUACGAAUGGAAACAUUGACACUAGAAAUCUGCGGAGGAAGAAACAGCGCCUAGACGCCUUCUGCGUGUAACUCGCACCGAUAACGCGCUCGAGUGAUUGCGCAGGGCAAGUGCACGGCCUACACCUUGACUACGCGUGCUGAACUCAGAGUUGACUUGUCCCCUGCAAGCAGCCUACCUGGCGGCGUGGACUCGGCCUUCAAGACAGAGCGCUCCCAGUUGUGCCUUGCGAGCGAGGAAUCGAACCCUGUACCUUAAAGGAGACGCAGGGAACUCUGGAGGUGAACGCUCCACUGCCAGCUGUUCGAGGCAGCGGCGCAAAUGGGCGCGUCAUUUUGAAUAAAUACAGAGUCGAAUCGUAGAUCGUUAAGAGGCGUCGGCGAGACGGUGGUGUCCCAAGAUGUCCGCGAUUGACGUCACGAGUGUAAUCGGAGACUACGGCAAGUUCCAGAGGAACGUCUACCUCUUCUGUCUUCUCAGAGGAAUUCCCAACGGUCUUCAUUUGGUCAUCUACAGCUUCUUCCUGCCGGCGGUUGAAUAUUGGUGCGGGAGGCCAGGCAGCCUGGCCGCGAACGUCACGUCCGAACAGUGGAAAUCGCUGGUGCUGUCGUCGAACUGGACCUCUGGCCCAUACUCUUCGUCGCUUCGCAAUGGUCGUUGCCGGAUGUUUGACUUUGAGUUGUCCGUCGACGGCACUCCCGUUUUCGGUAACGCUACGGUGCGCUGUGACCGCUGGGAGUACGGUCGGAGCUACUACCGAAGUUCUCUGGUGCAAGAGUGGGACCUGGUGUGUGAUCGAGCAUGGACGAGAAGCCUGGUGCAGACGGCCACCAUGAGCGGCAUGCUCGUCGGCACGCUGGUGUCGUCACUGGGGGACAGGCUCGGACGACGGCCCAUGGUGAUUGCUGGCUACGUGACCAGCCUCGUUGGCAGCGUCUGCGUCGCGGUGUCCCCGGGGUUCUCGCUUCUGCUGCUCUUCAGGGGCCUUCUGGGCCUCGGCUUGGGACUGGGACAGACCGCAUCUUUUUGCCUUCUGAUGGAGGUGAUCGGGCCUCAGAAGCGGACGACCACGGCGGUGGCUUUCAGCGUCGGCUUCGCCAUCGGCAUCAUCAUGCUCCCGGGCUUCGCGUGGCUACUGCAAGACUGGAGGUCCCUGCAGGGCGCCAUCACCGUGCCCCUGCUGUUCUUUGUGGUUUGGUCAUGGUACUUGCCGGAGUCUCCGCGCUGGUUGAUAGCCACGGGAAAGAUGACUGCGGCCCGGAAGGUCAUACUGAAGGCCUGCGCUGACAACGGACAGCCAGUCGACGACAUCGACUCGGUGCUUGGGCAACUGAGGAAAAAAAUCUUGCAGCAAGAGCAAGCGGCGAAGAAAGCCGGCUGCUUGGACCUUGUGAGGAGUCGGAGGGUCUUCCUCUACACCUGCAUUCUGGUCUACGCUUCUGCGGCGAGCGGCAUGAUCUUCUACGGCCUGCAGCUCUCGGUGACCAACCUGGGCGGUGACCCGUACCUGACCUUUGUCCUGGCCGCGGUCGCCGAGUUCCCCGUGGCCGUCAUCUGCUACGCGGCGAUCCGGUGGUGCCGCCGGCGUUGGACCAUGCUCGCCGUGUACGGCAUCGCUGGCGCAUGCGCAGUCAGCGUCGCCGUACUGCCACCAGAGUGGGUGGUGCCUCGACAGAUGUGCGCCAUCGGUGGAAAGAUGCUGGCCUCCGCCUCGCUGACGCUGGUGUGGAUCUUCGCGGCCGAAGUGUUCCCGACGUUGUACCGGACGGUCGGAGUCAGCGCCUGCCUGGUGGGCACCCGCGUGGGCUCGUCGACCGCCCCGUUUCUGUUGGAACUGAGAACCUACCUGACUGACUCAGUACCCAUGGCCACUCUGGCAGCCAUUUCUGUUCUCGCCUCAUCGAUGAUGCUCUUGUUGCCGGAGACGCUACGGGUUGCGCUGCCGGACACUAUAAGCGAGUCCAAACAGCUGGGGAAUUCGAGGAAAGCGGAAAAGGACGUCUCCUCCAAGGACACUACGAUCGACUCGAAACUUCAACUUGCGGGGACUGAACCAACCGCACUCGACAACGUCGUCAAGCACUGAACUACCUAACACCAUCCAUCGCCAGGAUUUCGCUAUGAGAAUGCCAGCAAUGGCGAUAAACACGAUGGGCUGGUUCGACUGCCUUGUUGAGGCGCCAGCAUUCACCUGAAGGUUGAAUGCGAAAUGGUGAACGUUAAAUAAAGCGUCCACUGGCCAAGGAUGCGACGCAGAACAAACCAUGACUCCCUGGAAACCUGAGUUAUCUCUUUUUGGACCAUAUAGGACCUUUUAUUUUAAUAUUAACAGAAUAAGAAAAUCUCCCUUCACUGAUGUCCUAAUUCGACUUCUUCAACUGGAUUACUGCAAGAGGCAGACAUUAUUUGCGCGAAAAACUAAAAGAAAUAGUAUCGACAAAUUGUCAAAAUAUUGCUAACUACAUUUUGGCAAAUUACGAUACAUAUUGCAAUUUGCGAACUGGAUCCGGUGGUUCGCCAACUAUGCAUAUGUGCAUAGUUCUGAUGUGGAACUCCAAUCGUGAGGGCAGGUAUAUAAUGAUUAUAAUAGUUAUCCUGCGCCUGACGAGUGGAGUUCUACUAUGAACUGCUUGUUUAAUAAAUUUUGUGGUUACG